AUGUCUCCUAUGGGGCCUCGGCUAAUGUCAGAUGACACCCCAGCCAAAGAACCUUUGGAUCCCGAAGUCAUAUCCUGGAUGGCGUCUAUCGUGUACCUUGUGGGAACCCCAGCGGUGUUCCUGUUUGGAUUUAUAGUCGACAACUGUGGGAGGAAGAUCGCACUCAUGAUCACAUCGCUGUCUGUGGCUAUGUGCUGGGCCCUAAAAAUAUACUCCACGGAAACAUGGGCUCUCAUAACCGCCCGAGCAUUCCUGGGACUCACCGUAAGCGGAUCUUACGUUGUCACGCCCUUAUACAUCAAGGAGAUCAGCGAUGACUCCAUUAGGGGUACGCUCGGUAGUCUGGUGGUGUUGUCGCAGAACCUGGGCAAUUUGGUUGUGUAUCUGAUGGGGACGUACAUGAGCUAUCACUGUAUCCUGUGGGUCCUGUUGGCGGUGCCACUGGUGCAUUUACUGGUGUUCACGUCGAUGCCGGACACACCGUCGUAUUUAUUGAAGAGUGGAAAGACUGAGGAAGCUAGAACCGCUGUGGCGUGGUUAAGGUGCCGAGAUAGAACCGAUCCGGUGGUGGAAUCGGAGCUACAGAAAUUACAGCUGGAGUUGGAAUUGAACAAGUCUGGCAAAUUCGCGGGAGCCCUCAAGACCCUCGUGACGGACCGUGGUACGUUCCGUGCAUUCCGCGUAACCCUGGCGAUCAACUCGGCCCGUGAGCUGUGCGGGUGCGUGGCGGUCCUCCACUACGCGUCGCUCAUCUUCAGCAGGGCGAGUCAGGGCGGCUGGGUGUUGACGCCCAACCAGCAGGCGAUCGUGUUAGGAGUCGUACAGAUGAUAGGAUCGUUAACCGCUUCUAGUCUGGUGGAGAGGUGCGGCAGAAAGAGAAAGACUUCCGCAUUUUACGUGUUCUACUGCCCGUCACCGAAAAUAUUGUCAAGUGACACAAGUGUGAGCGUUAACGCUGUGGUACUGUGCCAGCCGCUGCUGGCGGGCACGUGCCUGGUGUCGGGCGUGUGCAUGGCGUGCGCGGGCGCCUGCGUGUGGGCGGGCGCGGGGGGCGCGGGGGCGGGGGCGGGGGGCGCGGGGGGCGCGUGGGUGCCGCCGCUGGCGCUGUGCCUCGCCAUCUACUGCGACGCGGCCGGCCUGCAGCCAGUGCCCUUCGUCGUCAUGACCGAGAUGUUCUCAUUCCAGGUAACGACAGUCUGA